AUGAACAUUUGAUAGAGGCUUAUAAGAAGCCUACCUGCAGCAGGGACUGACAGCCCGGUCACUAAAGGAUCAAGAAUCAGAAUGAAGACAUUGUGACGAUGACUCUGCUGUUGCUCACACUGUUACUUCUUCAUCAAGGAUACACUUUGGUUCCAAUUGUCACAGUUGAACUUGGUGAACCUGUGACUUUGACUUGUGCUUUUACUGACAAUUUUCAGAGCACCACAUGGCUUCACUGGUACAAGCAGAAUGCAGGCGACACUCUGAAUUUGAUUGUAAGUCAGCAACAUUACAUAAAACCCACUUACGGACCAGAAUUCUCAGCUUCCAGAUUUAAUGCGACAAACACAAAGAAAAUGAGCAAUCUAACAAUUUUGAAAACAGUUCAAGAAGAUGAAGGAAUGUAUCACUGUACUCAAACGGACAUGUAUGGAUCUACCAGCAGUGGGACCUAUUUGUCGAUAAAAGUAAAUUCUGAGAGGACCAUGAGCUACACUGUUGUUCAGCAGCCAGCAGUUUCUCAUCCCCGUCGUCCAAACGACUCGAUGACCCUGCAGUGUUUGGUUCUCUCUAAUUCAACAAACACGACCUGUUCAGAAGAACCUCGUGUGUUCUGGUUCAAAGCCGGAUCAAAUAAAUCUCACCCAGAUAUUAUCUACACUGAUGGAAAAAAAGCUGGAAAUUGUGACAAGAGGUUUGACUCUCAGGAUAAAUGUAUUUAUAACUUCUCUAAGAGCUUCAGUUCCUCUGAUGCCGGGACGUAUUACUGUGCUGUGGCCACUUGUGGACAGAUAGUAUUUGGAAAUGGAACAAGUCUUAAAAAUGAUAAAACAUCAAAAAUCAGCAUGUUGCUGGUCACAGUAAUCUGCCUGGUCAUUUCUUUGACUGGUAAUAUCGCUCUAUUCUGCUUUCGAAUGCAAAGAUCAUCAUGUCAGCGCUAUAAAGAAAGUUCUUCUUCACAAACAAGAGGAAAUAUUAACCAAAAACCAGAGGACGCUACUGAAGCUGGACCUGAUCUGAACUACGCUGCAUUACAUUUCUCUGAAGGGAGAACAUCAAGAGGAAAGAAGAAGAGAGAGCUGAUGACUGAAGACAGUGUGUAUUCACAGGUUAAAGGAUCCGUGUGA